GAAGACACUUAUAACUCUGCAGUGAGCGUUAGGUGUAAAAUAUAUCACUUGUCUGGGGAUAAGAAGACAACUAUGUUAUAACUGCAGUUACCAGUUAGCAUAUGGUGUAUUAUUACAAAGACAACCAUGUUAUAACAACAGCACAGGGUGUAUUAUUAUGCUAUGUUCAUUUGUUGCAUACAAACACAUGAAUAUAAAACGGUACACACAGCUACACACAAUUAGAAUUUACUUAGUUUAUAUACACAGGAAAUAUCAUUGUAUAGAAUGGUGACAGAAUGAUGACACAGUGAACAUAUGUAACCAACAUGGAUUAAUUAGACAAAUCUAGAGUAAUGUUAUACGAACAUCCAGAAUACCCAUUGGUUAAUGCUAAGUCUACUUUGAAAGGUUAAAUUUCAAAGCAAAUAUUUAAAAAUUUUAAGAGGAGGAAAGGGAAUUACAUUAUGCUUUCCUAUAAGGUUUUCCACAAUGUGAAAUGUAGAGAGUUAGUGUGAUAAAAGAAAUUCUUGUGCCUGUACAUAGUUUAGUUUAUAACGCUGCUAUAAAAUGUGUUAUUUCACGUUUUAUUUUGUGUGCAAGGUUACAAUGGUUAUGUAUAUCGGCAUCAACAAAGAGUUAUGGGCCUUUAGAAGUAAAACUUUAAACCAGUUGUAGGACGGGAAAGAAAAUGAACCACAUUUAACAACUCGUUGGUGGAUUAGAGGACAGAAUCAGGUUUACAGUUUAAAGGAGAUUGGAAAAAUGGCAAAAUGCAGAUGCUCAAGAAAUGUGAAUGUUAUUUCAUUGGCUUUUUUUAGCAACUUUGCUGCAUAUAUGUCACUUGAAAGUAUGCAGAGUAGUUUGAACAGAGGUAUUGGCACAACAGCGUUAUGUUUCUUGUACGGAUCGUUUGUUAUUUCAUCUCUCUUGCUCCCUCCACUGUUGAUUGGGAAACUUGAAUGCCGAAAGUCUCUGGCUAUUAGUAUUGCUGCAUAUGCUUCGUAUACCUUAGCCAACUUCUAUCCACAAUGGUACACGCUUAUACCAGCAGCAAUGCUUCUUGGCAUAGGAGCAGGAGUCCUCUGGUCCACAGCUUUAUUCUACAUUGCUAAAGUUGGCCAGAAACACGCAGCUGAACAAGGAAAGAAAGUAAACGAAGUCACUGCUGCUUUUUUUGGAAGGUUUAGUGCAGUGAUGAGCAUGUCUAUGUUGGUUGGGACACUUUUCAUGUCGUUUCUAAUCGAGGCAAUGGGUAGUCCUGAGGCUGAAGUGUUGGUAGUAGAAGGUAUGAACACCACAGCACUUGGUGUGGGUAAUUACAACACAACUGAUGUUACAACAGUUGGUGAAAAUGAUGAAGUUGUUUGUGGGUUGUAUUAUAAGUUUAAUGAAGCCCCAAAAGCGAAGAAAGUAAGCGAUGUGGUGAUGUAUGUCCUUCUCUCCUGCUAUCUAUGCUUCAACAUACUUGCUGCUUGCCUCUGCCUCUGCUUGGAUGAGAUUACGGGGUCAGAAUCUUUAAAAUCUGAAGAAAGGAUUGAGAUGAAUGGACUUAAAGAAGAGGAGAGAGCAUCCACUGCAGAGGAGGAAGAAGAAGAAUCUGUGUUUGAGUUGAUAAAGUCAACCUUCAAACUCCUCUUUACUGAUCCUGCAGCUGCACUACUGAUACCAAUGACGAUGCAUUAUGGGAUCAUGCAAGGUUUCUUCCGCGGCAUCUUCACAGCAUCGUGGAUUGCUUGUGGGUUAGAUAUCAAGUACAUGUCUUAUGCUACAGCUACCUAUGGUGGUACUAUGAUUCUAAGCUGCUAUGUAUAUGGGAAGCUUCCUAAAUACAUUUCACACCUCAAGAUAUUCCUUGCAACCGCCAUCUUUGAAAUUGGUCUUUUUAUUGUGACGCUGGUGUGGGUACCAUCUAACGACCCCUACAGUGAGCUAUGGCUGUACUUUGCCCUUGCAGUUGGAUUUGGUAUUUGUACAUCCAUCUUUUUAAGCCAGCUUGGCAGUUUGUAUGAUAAGUUCUUUACAACAACAAAAAAAGCAGGAAUGGCUUUGUUUAAUGUAUGGAACCCACUUGGAUCUGCACUUGCAUUUGGGUUAAGUGCAAGUUUAUACCCCGUACAUAUGGUUAUCUUAUGUAUGACUGCAUGUGUAGUUGGCCAAGUAUUCUAUAUGGUAGCUGAGUGGAUUGCUGAGAAGCCUAAGUAUCGAAAAUGUAUCGAACAAAAUAAAAAAGUUUAGAAAUAAAAACUUUAAAAAAGUGAAAAAAUCUUAAUUUGAAAGUUUUUAUCACAUCAUGUCUUUAUAUUUUGGUUUCCAGAUAAUUAGGAAUUAUUAUAAUUUUAAUUUGUAGACUUAGUUUGUCAUUAUUAAAGCCAUUGCAAUGUUAUAAUGUAAUCUUUCAUCAGUGUAUGAAUUUUGUUUUAAAAAUAAAUUUAAAAAAAGUAAA